AUGGUUAUCUUCAAUGUUGUCGGCCGCAUCGCGGUCGCGUCUGCUGCCAUCUUCAACGGCAGCGGCGCGUUUGCGCACAACGGCGACGCGGCUGGGUUGGACCACUCUACUGUGGCGACCGCGGCCAUUGCUCCUAGAGCAACCGUCGCUUGCCCAGCUGAAUGCAUGCCGAAGAUGUGUACGGAUGAAGUCAAGUUGAGGGGCACGAACACUGUCUUGACCUACAUCUGCCCGCCAACGCCUACCCCGACCAAGCAGCGCUCGACCGUCUAUCUGACGAUCACCGAGUACACGACGGUUACGCCGACGGUCGCUCCAAGUGUCUCCAAGGUUCUGCAAGUCUCGAGCGCGACCGAGGAAGAAACGACGACGACGACGAGGGGCACUUCUAGCAAGAUCGUGACUAUCACCAUCACUUUGCGUCGUUCGUCGUCUGCUGCUGGGGUCACCACUUCGGCCGUCAUCACAACUUCGGCCGCAAUCACCACUUCUGAAGCGAUCACUACUUCUGCAGCGAUGACCACUUCGGCCGCGAUCACCACCUCUGCUGAAGUCAUCUCCGACGUGCAUACCUCGAGUGGCGCACAGUCUACAAGUUCGUCCUCGACUCGCCAUGCGAUCUACUCACUGCCUCCGUCGUGGAAUACCACAGUGAUUGCGAGCUCGGGAACAUCGGCGAUCCACAACAGCUCUGCGACUGUUGCUCCCAUCCUCUCUACCAGCGUCAGCACAACAGCUCGCAACAUCUCGAGCACUGCUUUUGAUCAAGAUACGUCUACUAGCAUCGCUCACAACACCUCUACGGCUGCGCUUUCGUCGUCUUUGAGUUCGUCUGCGGUAUCAUCCUCGACUGGCUACGCGAUGCCUAGCUUCCAGACCCCUCCCUACCCUCUUCCGAACGCGACGUCCAGCUUCGUUGCUCCUACCGGCGCAAACACCGCGACAAGCUACAUCAUCACCGCCUCCAGUUCCGGACAGUAUUACUCUCUCCCUCCUUCUCUCGAGGAAGACGUUGAGCACGAGCACCGCCUUGCACGCCGUCAUGGAGGCGACGACAACUCCUCCGUCUCCUCCCACGGAGUUAUGUCAGCUUCUUACCGCAAUAGCACGUCCAGCUUCGACUUCCAUAACAUGACUUCCAGCGAUGGCGGUAUCGCUCUGACAUCCAGCGCCAUGCAGGGCACGGGCACCGGUACCAGCACCGCCACCGGCACGGCGACCAAGACACUGACCGGACCUACGACCAGCACGCAAGUCCACCAUUCUAGCCACAGCGCCUCUGCAACUGCUUCCCCUUCCGACAAAGGCGAGGCUGCAGGCCUGGGCUUGAAUACGACCGCCCUGUUCAUGUCUCUGGCUCUGAUGAUGGGCUGGAUGUGGAUCAUGUAA